CGUAUUCGCUACGCACAAACCAAACCUGUAAGCACUUUCCUAAAGCGGGCACCCGGGGGCGCGUGUAACUUUAACAGUCAGCUGAUCAGUGGCUCCUUGGCUCGCGCAUGAAACGGGAAGCGCCCGAAAAAGAGAAAGAAAAGAAAACGAAAGCGUGGAAAAGAAGAGAGAGCAGUAUUCCAGAGAAACGCCGGCCAUGGCUGGGAUUAAAGCUUUAGUUGGGUUGUCUUUUACGGGAGCAAUUGGCCUUACAUUCUUAAUGCUUGGCUGUGCCUUGGAACAAUACAGCAACUAUUGGCCCUUGUUUGUUCUGAUAUUUUAUGUCAUAUCGCCUAUCCCUCAUUUCAUUGCAAAGAGAGCCUCAAGUGAUUCAGAUGCUGCUAGCAGUUCAUGUCGGGAGCUGGCCUAUUUCUUCACAACUGGAAUCGUGGUGUCUGCCUUUGGGCUGCCUGUUAUUCUUGCUCGGAUCCUAGUGAUCAAGUGGGGUGCUUGUGGCCUUGUGAUGGCAGGAAACGCAGUGAUUUUUUUCACCAUUUUUGGAUUCUUCUUUGUUUUUGGCAAUAAUGAUGAUUUCAGCUGGGAUCAAUGGUAGUCUUUCACUUCAUAUACUGGAUCGCCUUUGACUCUCACUGUACGUCUAAACUUCGAAGAAUGAAGAAUAAAUAUCCAAGUGUAGUGCCUCCUCUGCAGCUUUGUUUUAAACCUGUUUUGUGUGUGUUUCUGUCUGUGUGCAUAUAAACAACCGGGACAGACCAUAGUGCCUGAGCCUUCUUGAAAAGUGACUGUUGGCCAAAGAUUCAUAUUAACCUUUAUUACACAGUAAAUCACAAAUAUUUAUUUUCUUUGCUUCAAAACUGAGAUUUGAAUUAUACCAGAGAGAACCAAAAUAUAUUGUUAUGCCUUUUAUAUUGUAUUAAUAAUAAUGAAAAUGUAUAAAUGUAAGGGACCUGAUGAUGUAUUAGUACCCUACAAAGAACCUGAAAAGUUUUCUCAAGAUAUCACAGGUCUUUUUAAUGGAAAAAACUUUGUUUUGUGCAACUAUACAAUUACCAAACAGCAACUAUGCAAUUUAUAAUCAAACAAGCAGAAACAAGUUUUAAAAAAUAAAUAAAUAAAUAAAAACUUUUUGCUAACUACUGACA